GUCAUUUCUCGCUCUUUCCUUUCCAUGAGUCAGAGCCCGUGCCCGUGUGUGACAAAUGGAAACACACCCCCCCUAAGUGACAUCCCACCUCCGCCCCACGGCAGCAUCUCUCUGUGUUUCUGUUCGUGUUCUGAGACAUCCUGUGCCUGAGAGGUUUUCACACCUUCAACGUCCUGUCCCUGGCACAGAGGUGGUCCAGAAACUGACAUCCCUCCUGGUCAUGCCCAAACCCUGUUCCGUCUUCCCUCUCCUCCUCCUCCUCCUCCCUGGGGUCGCCACUCAUUGCCACACAGCCACCGCCGAGGAGUGCAAGAAGCACACGGCCUUUGUGCCCGGGCACAACCUGGCAGGGGAGGGCAUUGACGUGACCACGCUGGAAAGAAAAGGGGCCUAUUUGGUGGACACCAGUCCCUGGAGGCGCAAGGAUGGGACCUGCACGCUGUGCCAGAACUCCCUGCUGGACAGGAAGCCACAGCGCCUGCCGCUGGCGGCAGUGGACUGGAGGGGGAAGGUCUCCUGCCGCAGGAAGCUCUCCAGUGCCGUGAAGGAGUCGGCUCUGGGGGUGGUCCGUGCGGCAAGCGCCAGGGUGAAGAACGACUGGAAGAUGGGGCUGGAGGUGAAGAUGAAGCCCAGCACCCACGCGCAGGUGGAGCUGGCCGGGUCGCACUCCAAGCUGGCCGAGUUCAGCACAGACAAGUCCCAGCAGGACAAGUACAGUUUCACCAGCCACGAGGUGUCCUGCAAGUACUACCAGUUCCGCGUUACCCAGAAUCCUCCACUCACCAGCGAAUUCACCCAGGCCUUGAUGAACCUCCCAGAGGACUACACCCACGGCUCACGCCUUGAGUACCAUCAGCUGAUCGACACCUACGGCACUCACUACCUGUCCCAGCUGAGGCUGGGAGGGCGGGUCCGGGACGUGACAGCCGUGCGGGUCUGCGAGGCGGCCCUGGACGGGGUGACAGCGGACGAGAUCAAGGACUGCCUGAGCCUGGAGGCCUCUGUCAGCAUCGGGGGCGGGAAGGGCAAGGCCCAGGCGGCUUUCAAACAGUGCGAGGAGCAGCAGAAGAAGAAGAACUUCAAGCACAGCUUCCAUGAGACAUACAGCGAGCGCCACACCGAGGUGACGGGGGGCCAGAACCACGCCGACCUGCUCUUCUCCGAGGGGCAGGACGCAGAGGCCUUCUCGUCAUGGAUGGAGAGCCUCAAAGAAAGCCCCGACCUGGUGUCCUACUCCCUGCACCCCAUCCACAUGUUGUUAGACCAGGACGACCCCAAGCGGGAGGCUCUGGGGCAGGCGGUGAGCGAGUACAUCACCGAGAGGGCCCUGUGGAGGAAUUGCACCCAGAGCUGCCCUCCGGGGACCCAGCGCAGCGCCCACGACCCCUGCUCCUGCGUCUGCCCCGAGGACAGCUCCACCAACACCAUGUGCUGCUCAAAGCAGCAGGCUGUUGGCGGCGAAGUGGUGUCGGACGAGGAGCUGGAGCAGUUGCUGGAAAGCGGGUUAACGGAGGUGUCCGUCUCGAUCGUGAGUGCCAGGGAGAGCUGA